AUGGAGUUGGCGAGCAUGCCGGUGACGCCCCUGGGGCGAAGGAUGCAGCACUUUGGUUGGACCGACCUUCCUACGCCGCCUGCUCUGAGAAUUGCACCACAGCCCGUGCCAGUAGCGCUGGUAACAGAGCCGCCCACUGUGAGAAUAGCGCCGCAGCCCAUCCCGGUAGCUCUGGCAGAGGCUCCGGCUGAAAACAGACCAGUGGCCCACGUGGCCAGCCGCCCGCCUCAGAUUGCCACCUAUGCAUCUCGGGAUGCCUCGGGUCGAGUUUGGGGCAUGCCCAACGCUGGCGGCCGCGGACAAUGCUUGGAUUGCCCCCGGAAGGCCGCACUCCCCAGCACACGGUGCGCGGAAUGUCAGCUCCGUCUCAGCUCUGGUGCUCCCAUGAGCGAUCUGCCGGAGUUCCGAGCACGUUUGGAUCGGGUGGCUGCACAGUGUCCCCACAAGGAGGUGCAGUCGCGCCUGGAGACCCUUUAUGAGAAGCUGCAAGCGGGGCAAAUCCCGGAAAAGUUGCAGCAGAAGCUGCGCGACUUCGCGGCCCAGCUCGAGACCAAGGACAUUCGCGCCAGCUCGGUGCAGCUGCAGGACGGAUGA